CUAUAGUAUACAAAACAAUCCAAAAGGAGUAUCAUAAUGACUAAGAAUUAUUUCAUGUCAUUUUACUAUACAAAUAUCUUCUUUUUCUUAUUUUUUUUAUAUUUUAUUUUUCUUUUAUAUUUUAUUCUUCUUUUGCAUAUGCAUUUUUAAAAAUGGUUGCUAAACCUCGAAUUCUUGCUCGUGAUAAUGCUAAGACAAUAUUAACCAUCUUGAAAAAAAUCAUUGAAAAUGAUGAGGACAGUACUUCUAUUAUAGAUUAUCCUGUACUUAUUGGCUCUUGCGCUGCAAAAUGGCAUAUUCCUUCUUUUCGUGAUAUAAAUGAUUGGGAUUUAAUAGCAACAAUUUCACAAUCAAUUUCAAUUAUUAAUGAAAUUAAAACUAGUAAAACUUUUAAAUAUAUAAAAUUGGUUUAUUAUCCAGGAGGUGGACUAAAAAUCAUUGGAGAAUUUAUUGAUAGAUAUAUAUCUAAAGAUGAAAGUUCUAUCAUUUUUGAUAUUGAACUUGUUUCUGAUAAAUUUAAUUUAAAAAAAAUGAAAUCAAAUGAGGUUUUAGAUUAUGAUGAGAUUGGAAAUAAUGAUGAUGGUUAUUUUGAAAUUGAUAAAAUUGAUUUUGAAAGGAUUGAUUAUACUCAACCAAAAGCAAGUGGGUUAAUGAUUUUAGAACUGUGUUGUAACGUUGAAGAUAAAAUAUUGUUCCCAUUACCAUCAAACUUUUUAUGUAUUGUUGCUCCAUUAAAAAUCCUUGAAGCCUUAAAAACGUCUCAUAUAUGUUGGCCAACUGAUUUUCAUAAAAAUAUUGCAGAUUUGCAUUUAUUAAGAGACAUAUUGAAUUAUAAAGAUAUGUCAAUAAUAAGACCAUUAUGUAAUCCACAACGUGAUGAACUAAUUGAAUUUUUGUUGAAGACUCGUAUUAAGGAAACUGAAAAUAUACGAGGAAUACCGGGUGCACAUAUUAAUUUGAAUAUGACUAAUGAAGAAUUUUUGGAUAAUAAUGAUAAUCUUUUUGUACAAAGACGUAUUCUUCGUUAAAUAUGGUGAUCACCCAAUUUAUGAAAGUUUAAAAGAAGAUAAGUCUAAAGCAUGGAUGAAGAAAUCUCUCUUUGAAAAGAUUGACUAUCAAACAAAACUUAAUUGUGUAAAAGAAGAAGCAAUGGCUAUUGCACUUGAAAGAUAUCUUAUUCCAAUGACUUCUAAUAAUCAAGAAACUUCUUACAAUAUGGCGCUUGUUAAAAUUUGUACUACAUUAACUAAAGGCUGGUUUCGUCAAUUUGCAGUUGAUAAUUAUCCUCAACUUUUAAAACUUGAUAAAGAUUUGUUAUCAAUUGCAAAUGAUAUAAUUAGUAAAUAUCCUUUAAAGCAAAAAAAGAAACUUGCAUUAGUACCUGAUCCAGAGACU